UGGGGAGGUUGACGGGGAGGAAUGCGUCCUGAACUUGUGUAAAAUAUUCAGUUUUUGGCCCUCACUUUGCUUUGUCCUCUGGGUUGCUCUAGACCACAGAUUAUAUAGAAUUCCUCAGGUUACCUCUGGGUUGCUCUAGACCACAGAUUAUAUAGAAUUCCUCAGGUUACGUCAGAAUUGUAUGUAAAAUAAGAGUUAAUCCAUAAGGCCUAUAGCAAAAGUUCUCUGAUAAGUUAAAUAUGAGGGCCUUUUGACUUUGUGACUCAUUCACUCAUUCCCAACAGACAGGAAUUAGGAAGCAGCUCUGAACAGAAAGAAUUAGAACCCCGAGCGAGCACCUGCAGCUUACAUGCUGGUGAGAAGAGACAUAGCUGAUGACAAAUGUCAAGAGAGCAGGAGAGCUGGAAAGGAAAGAUGGAGUGUUGGGGCAGAGGCCCUGCUGUGCAGGACUGGCAGUCUGCCCUCCCUGUGUCCUCCAGAAGCUUCUGGGAGCCAUGUUCCUCUUGUCCGUAUUGAUAAUGGGUGUGUCCCCCUUCGCCGUGCAGUCUGAGGAGCACACGGUGGCCGCAGGAAGCUGCCGAUUUCAUGGCAGGCACCCCAAAACAAGGUUCAAGGUGGAAGGGGAGCCUUUGGUCUUGAGGUGCCCCCAGGUGCUCCACUGGGAGUCUACCAGCACCCAUGUCAACGUGACGUGGCAUAGAAAUGACUCCGCCGUGGCGGUCCCAGGGGAAGAAGAGUCGCGCGUGUGGGUCCAAGACGGAGCUCUCUGGAUCGUGCCAGCCUCCCAGGCAGACUCCGGCACCUACAUCUGCACUGUCAGAAAUGCCUCUUACUGUGACAAAAUGUCCGUCGAGCUCAGGGUUUUCGAGAAGACAGAAGCCUCUGUGCCUCUCAUCUUCUACCCCCAAAUUAUACCCUUGUCAGCCUCUGGGCUACUGGUUUGUCCUGAUCUGAGCGAAUUCAUCGACAACAAAGCUGACGUGAAGAUUCAGUGGUACAAGGAUUCUGUCCCUUUGGAUCAAGACAAGAAGUUUCUCAGUGUGAGGGGAACUCGCUUACUCGUAAACAAUGUGUCCAUGGAGGAUGCGGGCUACUAUACCUGUGCCAUGACGUUUGCCCACAAAGGCAGGCAAUACAACAUCACCAGGAAUAUCAAACUCCAAGUCAAGAAAAGAGAUGAGGAGACCAUUCCUGUGAUCAUCUCUCCCCACCAGACCAUCUCAGCCUCGCUGGGGUCAAGACUGACAAUCCCGUGUAAGGUGUUUCUGGGAGCCGGCAUACACACAACCACUCUGCUGUGGUGGAUGGCCAACAACACCCUCAUAGAGGAUGCCUACCGCGGGGGCCGUGUGACCGAGGGGGAGCGCCAGGCAUACUCAGAAAACAAUGAGAACUACAUUGAAGUGCCACUGAUUUUUGAUCCCGUCAGAAGAGAGGAUUUGCACACGGAUUUUAAAUGUGUUGUCCGUAAUACAAUGAGUUUCCAGACGCUUCGUACCACAGUCAAAGAAGCCGCCACGUUCUCCUGGGAGAUCAUGCUUGCCCCCCUGUUCCUCAUCGUCUUGGUCCUGGGGGGCAUAUGGAUGCACAGACGGUAUAAAUGCAGAACUGGAAAAGACUAUGGUUUGAUGGAGUUAAAGACUGGCCAUCCAGACUCGCAAUCCUAUCCGAGUAAAAUAAAGGAAAUAAAAUAGUUCACAUCAAGCCAAGUCCUUUCCAAGGGAAGCAGCUCAGCUUUGUGAAGGAUGCUCUUCUUGUCCUCGGUUGUGUACCAAAGCUACUGUGUUUAUAGUGGGUUUGUAGUGAGAGACUGAAAUGUCCACAUAAUGUUUAUUGUGAAACCAGAUCACGGGAACCAGUGUGCAUGUGGGUGGGUAGAGGCGCCCUUUGAAUAAGAGUUGAAAACAAUGAAAUGAGUUUUGAAAUUCAUUUAAUCAUUCCAUAAAAAUGUGUUAAAAGUUC